UGCCUAUUGACAAGUGCUAGUAGCCCUCCAUCUGUCCUCAUCCUGCCAAGUCUGUGUAGCCCAGGAGUUAUUGCUUCUCUGAGACAGUGACCAGACAAAACCGCCAAGAUGUCUGAGAAAAAGAUGCCCUCGAGCCGCAAAUAUGCUCUGAAGAGCUUGAUGCUUUCGAUUGCUCAGGCCAAGCUGAAUCAAGAGGCUGAGGAUAAAAUUCAGGAGAGGAAGAAUUACAUGGAGGAACACUGCCCUCCUCUCAAUCUCCCAUAUGGUGUACAAGAACUCCAGGAAUUAAUCAAGAAAAUCCAUGGAAGCAUUGACAAGAUCGAUGAGGAGAGAUAUGACUUGGCGGCAAAGUCACUCAAAGGAGCUGGAGAGGUUGAAGACCUGAGGUUUAAGAUCACAGACUUGAAAGGCAUGAAGAAGCCAGCUCUGAAGAAAGUGCGUAUGUCCGCUGACCAGAUGCUUCAGGCUCUGCUGGGCUCCAAACACAAGGUCAACUUGGAUCUCAGAGCUAAUCUGAAGCAGGUCAAGAAGGAGGUCAAGCAGGAGACUGCAGAGGCAGUUGGUGACUGGCGUGCGAACAUUGAGGAAAAGAAGGACAGGAAGAAGAUGUUUGAGGGCGCUGAGGCAUAAAUUGCCUGGACUCUGUUUUUUUUUUUUUACAUACAUACACACACACGCACACGCACACACACGCACAUCGUCUUGCAUUUGUCUCUUCACAGGAUUGAAGGUUGUGAACUGCUUCAACGUUCAUUGUUUUCUCACAGAAUGAAUGGCCAUAGCACAUCCAUAUACCCUAAUCUUCCAAUAAAUGUUUCGGAAAGAGAUUCAAACUAUCUUCUUAAUUUCCUCCCCCCCCCUCACUGGCUACACUCACUACACACUCAUCCACACACUUUUAAGCAUUUUUGGUUCAUGUUUCAUUCAUUCAUUCAUUCAUUCAUUCAUUCACUCAUUCAUUGUGUAGUCAAUGGAUACAUCAUUUACUUUGGUUGACGUGAAAUGCAAGCAAAUACAUUUAAACUGAGGCAGCUAAGAGAUGUUUUCCUACAUAUGUUCAAAGGAGAGUCAGAUCUCUUGAACUGUUAGUGACCACAGAAGGUCAUGACACUUCACUCUUGAACAUAUGUCUCUUCCACCUGUGUGGAUAGAGACAUAUUGUAAAUGUCCUUAUAAUGAGGUUUAACAUUAAUUCAAGAGGGAAUGUACAUGACAUGCCGAGAUUCUCGGUCCACUGAAGAUACCUUGAAUGGUAAGAGUAAUCCAUUAUCUUUUCUAUUUGUCAUAGUUCUUUGUCCGUUUGAAUUGUGCUGUACAUUCAUCAAAAGCCUAUGGACAUUGGCACCCUUUGUGCAUAGAUUUAGUCUUUUAACGGCUCAUUGUGUUUCUAAAAAGUGUAUUCUGCCUCACAGGUGCAAGGGCCACCUCUCAAGAAUGGGAAAAUUUACGAGUCUGAACAGACAAGGGCCGGAGGUAUUUCAGGAACUCCCCGGCCCAUUGGCCUGAAAGAAUCCCUGUGUCCAUAAAGAGAGGUCCCUGGAUGCCCCCCCUGAGCCAUCAGAGGUCCUGCUAUUGAUUUGGCCAUUUCUUGCGGUUGGUCAGUCUGCUCUCUCUGCUGUCCUGUCUGCCAGUCCGUGCGGCCCUCCCUUUUGCUUCUCCACAGGUGUGACCAGCAGAAGCAGGCAGGAUGUCUGA